AGAGAGAGGCUUCUCCAAAUAGAAUGGAAGUAAAAAAAACAAGAAGCACUGUGUGUGUUUCAGGCAAAGAAGAAAGUGAUAUGUCUCAGAGAGAAGGUGAUGGACAGCAGUUGUCAUCAGACAAUGAAGGCAACAAUGAACCCAGAAAACAUAAAGAUACCAAGUCCAAAAAGCACAAACAGAAACAUCGUCACAAAAGUAAAAAAAAUAGAAAGAAGUCGAAAGGAAAGUCAUCUUCAGAGGAUGAAGAGAAAUUGGAUAAAAGGCGUAGUCAAUCUCGAUCGUCUUCCAAAAAAAGGUUGGGUGAAGAAGUUGCAUCUCAUGCGAAGGAGAGAGGGGUUCUGCCCAGCUUAACAGUAGAUGAGCCCAUUGUGAUGGUAGCAGAGGAGUCUAAAAUUAACAACAUUCCUUUGAGUAGUGUAGCAAUAGUGAAUGAUAUUACAAAGGAAGAUUCGUCUAGUUCUGUUCAAAAUACUUCUGCAGAACUGGUGCCUUCCACAAACAAGGCUGAUAAUGAGUGCAGUAAAAUAGUAUCUCUGGAUGUUUCUUUGCAGUUACAAUCAGACACAGAACCUGACAAAUCACUGCAAAGCAGAAGCGUUUUUUCUCCGAUCAGCGUGAAGCAAGCACAGUGCUUUGAUGAGCAUGCCGAGUCAGCAUUAUGCGGUGCAGGUGCAACUCAGGAUAUCCUUGCAACAUUGCCAGAGGCAAAAAUAGCAAAAGACAGUGUUCAUUUAGAGAAAAGUAAUUUUGUUGAACAUUCCUCAAAUAGUAAAAGUGUGACAUCUACAUCUUCAGAUGUCAAAACAAAAGAAGCAAUUGCUGAACAAACAAAAAUUGGGUUUCUUAAGACCGUUUUAACUGAUGAACUUGAAACGCCCAAAGUGAAGGAAGCAAUUGGCGCAAAGGAGAAGCUCUUAGGAUCUGACAUCUGUCCAGAACGUGAACGAAUUCCAAAUACAGACAUGACUGCUGAGACAAAUACGGAUGCUUCUGAACUUCAAGAAAACGAAAUUGUUUCAGAAGAGCAAGUGAAAGAUGUACUUUCUACAUUGAAGAUGGAUGUGGAAAAAAAACGGUCUCGUUCUCCUGAGCACCAAAAAAGUUCUCCACGGCAAGCUGAGAGAGAUGUAAGUUCAUCACCAAGCACGUCAAACCAAAAACAAAAAUCUUGCUCUCCCUCUCACAGUGACAGGAGAAGGACCCGUUCUCGUUCACGUAGCAAUAGGAAACUAUUACGUGCGGAGUGUGGGGUUAAAAGGAAACCCCAUUCACGAGCAAAUAAUGAGAAAAAGGUUUCUCCAAAUAGAAUGACAAAAUCUCGUGAAGAUGCUAGAAAGCAGUCUCGUUCGAAUUCACGCGAUGAAAGUAGGAGGAGAUCCCGCUCACAUUCCCAUGAUGACAGAAAUAAUAAGUCUCGCUCACAAUCUCGUAAUCGGAAGAGGAAAUCACGCUCACAUUCAGAUGAUAGAAGUAAAAGAUCUCGCUCGCGGUCUCGUGGUGAUAGGAAGAGAAAGUCUCGCUCACGGUCUCACGAUGAUAGAAAGAAGAGGAGAUCUCGCUCACUUUCCCGUGACAGGAGGCGGAGGAGGUCCCGCUCACAAUCCCGUGAUGAUAAAAGAAAGAGGAGAUAUCGUUCACGAUCUUGUGAUGAUAGACUAAAGAGGUCUCGUUCACGGUCCCGUGAUAAUAGGAGGAAGAAAUCUCGCUCACGUUCUUUUGGUGAUAGAAAAAAGAGGUCUCGGUCACGUUCCCGUGAUGAUCGAAGGAAGAGGUCUCGUUCACGUUCUCAAGACAACAGACGGAAGAGGUCUUUGUCUGAUGGAAGAAGAUCUCGUUCCCAUGACAAGAGAAGGAGAUCACGGUCUCAUUCAUCUGAUGACCAAAGGAAGACAUCGUCCUCCUAUGUUCGUAAUGAGACUUGUCGCUCGCGUCAUGAAGAAAGAAGGAAAAAAUCUUCCUCCCGCGAAGACCGGAGGAUUAAGUCAUCUUCACGUGAUAACAGACAGAAAAAAUCUUGCUCCAGAACUUGUGAUGGUAGAGGAAAAAAGGUAGCCUCUCCUCAUGACAACAGAAGCAAAAGGUCCUCAUCCCAUUCUCAUGACGAAAGCAAGAAGAGAUCACGAUCGCGCUCUCGUGAGAGGAAAAAGAGGUCUCGUUCCCGCUCUCGCGAUGCCCAGUCGAAGCCAUCGUCACCGCCACGCUCGCAAGACGGGGAAAAGAAGGCUUCGCGUGCAGAUUUCAAGAAGUCGAGAUCCCGCUCUGCCGAUAGAAAGAAACCUGCCGGGAAUGUAUCCGAAGACAGAUCCAAGUUGAGCCCUUUCUCACACAAAGACAAAAACAAGUGCCGCUCCAGGUCGCCAAAUGUCGCUGGUCGAGGCGGCUCCCGCGAGAGGCGGCGGAGGUCCCGUUCAACUUCCCGGAAACGAAGAAAUAACAAAUCUCCACUGAAGCUGACCGAGUUAGACAAGGCUCAGCUGCUGGAGAUCGCCAAGGCGAAUGCGUCGGUGGUGAACCCCAAGGUGAGCGUGAACGUGAUGAACUCCAUUGGCCCGGCUGCCGCACUCUUCCCGCUCAUCCUGCAGCGGCAGCAGGCGGCCGCGGCGGCGGUGGCGGCAACGACCGCGGCGAGCGCCGUCGCCGGGACAACAGCUUCCGUUGCGCAGUUUCCAGUCACCACGACAACCUCGGUAACGGUGCCAGGGGCAGCUGGAAUGACGACGACGCCGGCAGUGACAGCGCGGCAGCCGGACGUUGCCGGGGUGGACAAAAUCAAGGCGGAUGUGGCGGCUUCCACCAAGGGCUUCAAGAUGACCGCCAUCAACAAUUUCACACAGUUCUGCAAGCAGAUAACUGAGAGCAAGGAUGACGAUGGGCCUGUGAACAAACCCGUGCGUUCGCAUGACGAGAAUGCAGGAGUAGAGGAGGCAUUGACGAAGGCUCCGUUCAUACACCAUCCCUUUAAACUGAACGAGCCCAAGCCCAUCGCUUUCAGCUUAAAUAACCUAAUGGUGAAGCCGCUGCAGCUGAAGCCGCCACAGGCGACACUCUCCAAGGAGUUCCCCGUGUCGUCCGGCAACCAGCACCGGCAAAAGGAGCAAGAGAGCGUGUACGGGCAGUGGGUGCCCGUGGAGAAGUCCGGCACCGAAGAGAUGGACGACAAAAACCAGGUCUUCCCGAAGCCCGUGGUGGGGAACAUAGUGGACCUGGGUGCUGUCAUCACGAAACGUGCCGUCGCCGUGCAGAGGCUGGCACAGAACCCCACUGACAUGGAGGCAAUGCUGCUCAUAGCCCGCUCACAGAGACAGAUUGAGUCUUGGGCUCAGGCCAGCACAGAGCCUGGCACCUUCACGGGGUCCACAGGGGUUCAGAUUCUGUCUCCCCAGGAGCUCGCCAACACGGGGCAACAGGCCUGGCUCAAGAAGACGCACCGUAGUGAGACAGACAGCCUGCCUCACACGCACCAGCCAGUCGGAGGAGCCCAGAGGGAAGGAGCCCGGCCCAGCGGGAGGUGGCGGUUUGUAUCGAGACUCCUGAUUGGCCACCUUUGCCUAUAUGUCAUUGGCGGAGGCAGAGGAGCAGCCAAUCGGCACAGGUGUUUUUUACGUAGGGUGUUAUAAUUCCUUCCUGAGCGUUUGACAUGUCCACAAUUUGAGAAUUUGUCGCAUUCAUUGUUAAUUUUAAUCGCCUUCACAACACUUAACUGAAGUGCCACAGUUGUGCUUUAAUAUCCCAUGAUUGCUACUUGUAUAUAAACAGUUGCAAGACACCUAUUGAAAGUUCUGCCAGUGCUGUGAACUUAAGAGGAUAAAACACUGCAGCAUUUUGGAGUGGAGUUGUAUUAUCGAGGACCACAUGAUUUAUUUGGGGGUGAAAAUAUUAAACCAUAUAAAAGUAAUAAUCGGGGUGCUUUGUCAUGCCAUUUAAAGUCAUCCUUGCACCACUGCCACAAUUACAAAUGUUUAUUUAGCAGAGUACAUUUAAAUAGACCUUUUUUUCCCCAACACCUUCUUUCCUCUCAAUUUGGUUAAAAAGGUGCAUCCAACCUCUAACCCCUUCAUCCUCCAUUCUCAACGACUGUGCAUAGAUAUGUAUGUGUACGUGUAUUUAUUGCAUUCAAGUUGCCUGCAAUGUGCAAUUUACACUAAAAUUACUCGUCAGUCGCAUGCACGUGUGCUAAAUGUGGCUGUUAAUGUGAAAACGUGACUAGUCACAGGAAGCUAACCUGCUACAUUGAGAGAAUUCACUCGCUUGGCUGCACACCUUUACAAGCAGAUUAUCACUAAAUUUUGAUUUAAAGCUUUCGUGACUGCAGUAAUUCAUAUUCUUAGCUCUUUCGGUAAAGUCACGUUGAAGGGAAACAAUAAAAUAAUAAAAUAUGUAUAAAAUAAUAAAAAUUCUCACGACGUUUCGACCAUAACACAAACGGUCGUCAUCAGGUGUUUUAUAUAUAUUUUAUUAUUUUAUUGUUUCCCUUCAACGUGACUUUACCAAAAGAGCUAAGAAUACAGAUUAUCACUGUUUUUAAUCGCCGUAGAAUCCAAUUUGUGGGUCACAUCGAUUUGGGAAACAUUCCCGAGCGUAUAGCGCUUGAUACACAUCGCAGUUCCAUCAAAACUUUUUUGUUAAUGUGGCACACAAACACACUUGGGCAUUAACCUUAUAUCCUCACUAAAA